CAUUUUUACAAUUGUUAUUUUACAUGAACAAUUGUAUGAUUCUAGAAAUAAUGCAAACAAUGAGCUCUACUUAAUAGAGAAUGUUUUGCCGCAAAAUUUACUGACAUUUUCUUGUCAUCAUGUCGAAGCAAUCAGAAGAAAUAUUAAAAUGUAUUAAAAGCUAUAUAAUCGAUCACGUAAUAAAAAGUCAGAAAUUCGAUUUUGUUCAUCCAGAACAUGAUGAAGUAAUAAAAGAAGUACUGAAGGAAGAAUUACUAAAACAAGAUGUUGAUUUGACGACUUCCUCGACAAAUGCACUAACAUUACAGUCAAAAAAUGGACAGGGGUCUUCCCGUCAAAUAAUCAAAGGAUUUUUUGAUAAAGAAUCAUCAGAUAAUACUUUACCAUCAGUAGAAGUUAUUGAAAAUCGAAUCGUGCCUUAUUAUAAUAAAACGGAAUUACUAGAAAAUGAUAAUAAGUUUAUAGAUUCAAAUGAUGAAACAUCAUCUACUUCAACGAGUGCUUCUGAAUUUUCAUCUUUUGAAGAGACGUCUACUUCGGAUCAAAGUUCUGGAUCAGAAUCAUUAGAUGAAAGCCAGAAAUUAGAAGCAGGGAUGCAAACUCACUUAUUUCAAUCAGGAAUAAAUAUGGAUCCUAAUUUAGAAGUUGGACAAGGAUUGGAAAGAUUAAGACGCAGGAGGCAGAGGAGGAGAAGGAGAAGGCGAAGAAGGAGAAGGAGGAGGAGGAGAGAGUUGGAAAGAUUGAAGAGAUUGGAAAAUGGAUAUAGAGAAGCUGCUAUGAUUAAUGCCGAACAAUUAUCAGUAAAUGUAAGACCAGAACCUCCUCUACCUCCACCUGUUAUCUACCCUCAAAUAAUUUAUUUGAAAAAACCGGAAAAAGAAAAUAAACUUAUUAUCAAAACAAAGAUUCCCGGGGAAGAAUUAGAAAAAUCAAAGAAGAGAAAAAAGUCUAAGAAAUCAAAAAAAUCGAGGAAAAAGAAAUCGAGAGGAUCCAAGAAAAGGAAAUCGUCUAAGAAAAAGAAAUCAAAGAAAAAGAAGGUAUCAAUGGAAUCUAUCAAAAUUCAACCGGAAGAAAAAACGAGAGAGAUUAAUUUGCCAAAAAACGCAAAGAAAACCGUUGUGGAGAUUAAUACAUUAAUAGAUCCGGGUGAAGCGCCUGUAUCUUCUGAAUAUAGUUUUACUUGCCCUCACUUUCAUCAAUAUUUUGGAGAAUGUAAUCGUGAAAUUUCAAAAGAUACAAAAAUUUACGAACGAAUUUUUCCUGGAUGUUUCUUCGCUGCUGCGCAUCCCAAACAAAUAAUGGAUAACAGAAUCAGAGACUUGCAUCAAAUAUUUGAAGACUAUUUCGAUUCAUAAUCAUAAAAAGUUUCAUGGAAUUGAUUAUUAAAAGUUUAAAACAAAAUUUUCUAAAUUUAUAAUAAUAUAUUAAACUUAACAUCCAUAAGCGUUCCAAAAUAAAUAAAUUGUACUAAAUUCUUAAAACUGAUCUUUAUAUUGUAGACCGAAGUUGGCUACUACUUCAACAUCAGAUUAAACAAUAAUAUUUGCUGGUAAAGAUUCGAAAGUGCUUAUAAGAGAUACAUUGGCUAAUAAAUCAUAUUGCGUUAGACGAUCUAUAAAAUGGUUCUGCUUAAAAUUUUAUUCCAUUUUUGAGGGUUAAAAACGAAAAAUCCGAGACUGUCCCGGACAAAAUGUGAGGUAUGGUCACUAAGUAUAGCUCAACAUUAAUGCUUACCGGUGGCCGAGUGGAUAACAUAUUAAACUAAUAGUUGGUUGUGGAUUUGCGCCUCGCCAGCGGGCUACAGAGUUUUCUGGAUUUUUUCGGGUACGUAAUAUAUAAAUAGGGGUCAGAUUUUCGUAAGAACUCCUCCGAGAGGCAUUCCCUCCUUGGCAGAUUGCUUCAUGUAUUGUGUUACCUUACCCAGUUGUUUUCAACCGGAUGCUGCAAGCACGCUACGGUGCCACAAUGGCACUUUAAGAGUGCCGCGCAUUGGAUUGAGGGAGCAACACUUGGCCAAGAAGAUUUCAAUCUGCCAAAAAGAAAUGUCUUCCUGGAAAACUUUCUAUGAAAAACUGGUUCCUGUUUAGGUGUGUGUUUAACACCUAAACACGUAAACACGUAAAGAAAACCUAACAAACACGUGGCAAGCCCAUUGACCGGAAGCAAACCCGUGACAAACUACCAGUCGAACACUGGUAGUUUGUCA